UUUUUUUUUUUUUUUUUUGAAUAAUCUGUACAAGACUUUUGGUUUCAAUAUAUGUACAAAAACCUCUAUAUAUAGUAAAUUGAGACAUCUACAGCCAAAACAAUAUUGUUGUUGUCUUCAUUAUUUUAUCAAAAGCUAAAGAAGACUUUUUCAUAAGUGAAUCAAACACAGAGAUUCCAGAUUCCCAGAAAAAGGCGCAAGAAUCUCACUUUAGUCCAUACACACCCACCCAGUUUGACAGAUACUUGUAGGAACUGGUUGAAAGGAAGAAGCUUUCAUUCAUGGCAGCGCCUUAUCAAAAUGUGCCUCCCGCAAAUCUUGAGGGGAAGUAUGUUGCAAUUUUAGUAUGCUGGCUUCUUGGAAAUGGGUGUCUCUUUUCAUGGAACAGUAUGGUGACCAUAGAAGAUUACUAUUCUUACUUGUUCCCGGAGUACCAUUCAGCAAGGGUCCUUACUCUUGUAUAUCAGCCGUUUGCACUUGGAACACUUGCAGUACUCACGUACAAUGAGGCAAAAAUGAAUACUAGACGAAGAAACCUAUUUGGAUAUACCCUGUUUUUCAUAAGUACUCUCUUGGUUUUAGUUUUGGAUUUAGCUACUUCUGGGAAAGGUGGACUCGGAACUUUUAUUGGAAUAUGUGUCAUGAGCGGUGGUUUUGGAGUUGCGGAUGCUCAUGUGCAGGGUGGAAUGAUUGGAGAUCUCUCCUUCAUGCAACCUGAAUUCAUUCAAUCUUUCCUUGCUGGUUUGGCUGCAUCAGGUGCAAUAACCUCUGCUUUGAGGUUAAUUACAAAAGCAGCUUUUGAAAAUACGAAGGAUGGUCUUCGCAAGGGAGCCCUUUUGUUCUUUGGAAUUUCCACCUUCUUUGAGCUUCUUUGUGUUCUUCUUUAUGCAUUGGCCUUUCCAAAACUUCCAAUUGUGAAGUAUUAUCGCUCAAAAGCAGCCUCAGAAGGAUCAAAGACUGUUUCAGCUGACCUUGUGGCUGGCGGCAUCCAAACAUUGCCGCAACAAGAGGCUGAGGAAGAUCCAAAACAACUCGAGCGACUAAGCAGCAAAGAAUUGUUCCUUCAGAACAUUGAUUAUGCGCUUGACAUGUUUCUGAUAUAUGUGCUGAGUUUAUCUAUUUUCCCUGGAUUCUUAUCCGAAGAUACUGGAUCACACAGCUUAGGUGCAUGGUAUGCUCUUGUUUUGUUUGCAAUGUAUAACGUGUGGGAUCUCAUUGGAAGAUACAUUCCACUCCUGAAAUUCCUGAAGUUGGAGUCGCGGAAAGGUCUGAUGCUAGCAAUUCUUUCUCGGUUCUUACUCAUCCCGGCGUUCUAUUUCACGGCCAAGUAUGGUGACCAGGGCUGGAUGAUUGUGCUGACAUCCUUCUUGGGGUUAACUAAUGGUUACCUCACUGUCUGUGUCCUCACUUCUGCACCAAAAGGUUACAAGGGGCCGGAGCAAAACGCGUUGGGAAACAUUCUGGUGUUGUUUCUUCUAGGAGGUAUUUUUGCAGGGGUAACACUUGACUGGUUGUGGCUAAUAGGUAAAGGCUGGUGAGUGCUGAUUCUUGCUGAUUUAAAAGGAAGUAAGAUUUUUCUUAUUUUAGCUUUUGUUUAGGAAAACUUUAUUUCUACUGCUAUGGGAUAGUCAUUGAGGAGGAAGUAUGAAAUGUGUGUCAUUCUUUACAACUUGCUUCUACACUAUACUUCAGAAUUGUAAUGUUUUGUACAGAUUUAUUGAGGAACUUAUGAAUAAUUACCUUAA